AUGAAUGAAGAUUAUUUGCGUAAACGAACAGUUGGUAUUUCUAUAGAAGAUGAUUCUUCAGAUUCUUCGGUUGAUUUAUCUGAUGCAACUAUACUUGAUAGAGGGAAAAAACAAUCUCGCCUUUCACGUAUAUUAACUUCACUUAGAUGGAUUGUUGUAUCGGGGGUAAUAUAUUGGUUCUUUGAAGUAUCUUCAAACGUACAGCAAGUUUUGUCAUUGAAAGGGAAUACUUCAAAGCCAAAUUAUAAAGUUUGGAAUCAAGAUGAAACAUUAAAAAAAUUUAUACCUAUUGCAACUUUAACAGGUGUUAUUGGUGUAUCAGGAUUUACAAUUAGUUGUUGGUUUAUUUGGGGAGUUUUUUCUCCUCUGGUUGUUUUAAAUUUAAUAAUUCCCGAAAAAAUUUCUGCCAAUAAUUAUUGUCAUUAUUUUUCAUAUCCUUCUUAUCCAUCUGGUCAUAAAAACAUAACAAAAGUUAAAUGUGAUCCAUUAGAUAGACUGGAUUCAUUUGAUUCGUCAGUUUCUUUGGAAUCAUAUAAUGUAUUUACAGUUGACUUUCAUUGUGGAAUUAAUAAUACAAAUUUAUGUCAAAAAGCUCAUGACGUAUUUAAAUCAGCUGGAAAUAGAAUUGCCUCUAUAAUAAAAUUUAAUACACCUUUAAAAGUAAAUGCUACUUUUACUAAUUUUUGUAAAGAAUUUGGUCAAUGCUCAUAUGACGACCAAAUUCUUAUAGGGGAAGCAUCAGCUGCUCAAUUCAUACCAAUUAAAGAUUCAGAUGGAGUAAUUAGACAUUAUUCUCAAGCCUUAGUUAAACAAUUGGGAAAUCCAGAUAAUGCACAAUAUAACGAUUAUGAUAUUUUGGCAUCUUUUAAUUCUCAAGCCAAUUUGUAUUUUAAAGGUGACUCAUCAAUUGGUGAUGAGCAGUAUGAUUUCGAAUACGUUGUCACUCAUGAAUAUAUUCAUGGUUUGGGAUUCUAUCCUUAUUGGAACGAUUAUGCAAAUUUAUUGACACCUUACCCUGAAUUUCUUGCUGAAGUUAAUAAUACAGAACAAGAAAUUACUUUUACAGGAUUUGUUGAAACAGCUUUUGAUAGACACAUGGUAUUAACUGAACCUGGUGAAGCUUCUCAACGGAUGACAAAAUUGGUUGAUAAAUUCAAUAGUAUUGUGCCAAUUGGAACAACUUUAAAAGUUAAUGAUUUUUUUAUUAAAUAUGAAAAUUCUGAAGUAUAUGGUCUUUCCAAACAAUUAUUAAAAGACGCUGUUACUCCAAAAACAAUGAGCUUUAUUACAAGUGAUAAUACUAGUGUUCUUCUUGAAACAAGAAUAAAUCCUUAUGCCGUAGGAUCAAGUAUUUGUCAUGUAGAUAGGUCUUAUCAAAAUGGAUCAGAUUUCUUAAUGGCAUUUUCGGCGAUCCCUGGUAAAACUUUGGAUGAAUUAAUCGCCCAAAAUCAUGGUACUUCUGCUUUGGGACCAAAUCUAAUUAAAGUUUUAGGGACAUUGGGUUAUACACAAUGUUACGAUUAUCCAAAUCCUAUUGAUCGAACUUAUAAAGUACCGGUUCAAUGCCCAAUAACAAAACAAUCUUCUAUAGAUCAUUUAACUUCUAAUUCAAAUUCUACAAAUAUGUUUGUAGUCACUUUCACUUGUGAUGCAAAAAAUAAAACAUUAUGUUCAAAAGUCAAAAAUGCUUUUGAUAUAGCGGGAAAAAUAAUAACAUCAAUAUUAUCAUUAAAUGCACCAAUAAAUGUAAAUGCUAGUUAUUUGGAUUUUUGUGCAGUCUUGGGACAAUGUGAAGGAAACCCGGGAUUAAUAACAUUAGGAGGGGCAGCACCAACUCGUACAAUACCUCUUCAGGAUGAUGACGGUCUUGUUAGAUUAUAUCCACAAUCAUUAGUUAAACAAUUUCAAUUUAAGCAACAUCCACAAUUUGGAACAUUUGAUAUCACUGCUUUAUUUAAUUCAGCAGGAACUGAUUUUUGGUUUCAAGGUGAUCCUAAAAUUAAACCUGAACAACAAGAUUUUCUUUAUGUAGUUUUACACGAAAUGAUGCAUGGUUUAGGUUUAGCUUCUAAUUGGGAUGAUUAUAUUAACGAUACUCCUGAAUCAUUGACCCCUGAAAUAUCUUUAUCAAUGAGUGAUGGCUUAAUAAAAUUUAAUGGAUUUUUUGAAGCAGCAUUUGAUAAAUAUCUUAUACAAAUUCCAACAGGAAAAAGAACUUCUUUAAUAACUGAUCAAUUAAAUUCAUUUGCUAAUGGAAAAGGUUCAACAUUUUCCAAUAGCAAUGAUUUUAUAACACAAUUUAAAUCAUCUUCACAAUAUAGUUUAGCUGUGGAUAUGAUGAAAAAUGCUGUUAACUCUAAUUCUUUAGGAUUUUUACCAAGAGGUGGAACUAAUUUUAGUGAUCUUAUAAUAUUAGAAACUUCUUUAAAUCCUUAUCAACCUGGAUCAAGUGUUAGUCAUUUAGAUCAUAAAACUUAUAAUUCCACUAGCGAUUUUCUAAUGAUAUAUAUAGCUGAUCGAGGAAUAGAUGUGGAUACUUUAUUAAGUGAUAAUAAAGCUCAAUCUCCCAUUGGACCAAAAUUAAAGAUAUUACUUGAAACAAUGGGAUAUGCAAGUCCCGAUAAUCCAAAUCCAUAUCGACCAACUGUUACAAUUACCCAAAAUAAAUUUAAUCCUAAAGAUUUCAAUGGCAUUGGACCUUUUACACCUGAUAAUACUUCUACCUCUCAAAAUACUUCUAUCAAUCAAAAUUCUGCAGCAAUCAGAUCAUCAUCAGAAUUAAGAAAUCUUUUAUUCAUAAGCGCCUUUGUUAUUUACUUUUUAAUAAUAUAA